GCCAAAACUAAGCAGCCAAGUUCCCGUUGCCAUGGCAAUCAGUAUCACUUCUCCUUGGGCAUCAACAAGUGCCACUUCGGCUGCUUCUUGGCACAGACCUUGGCGAGCAAGUACCAGAAGUGAUGCAGGCCGAUCUGUAGCCUGGCGGCCAACCAGUACGUCAGCCAAGCUGGUGGCCGCGCUCGUUGUAAGCGGUGCCCAUAGAAAAUGCUGCACGCGACGCACCGCUGCACUGCCACGGGAAGCAGUGGCUGCAGUGUUUCCGCCAUCGAGAAGUUCUCCAAUCGAUCAAUAUGGGAGGCACUGGCAAGCAGCAGUGUCGCGAAUAGGGCCGGCUAUCCCGAAGAGCUGCGCAAAUGCCGCCGCCAGUUGGCGUAGCGGUGCGGGUCAACUUCGAGUCGCAUGCUAUGAGGCCGGCCCCGUCAGCGCUUUAGCACUGCGUGGGGAGACUCUUUGCCUUGCCAGCGCUGGCCGAAUCCGUGCAGUGGAUGUACGCAGCGGUGACAAAGUGGGAGAGUACUACAUUGGAUCGCAUGUGCCAGCCACAAUCACCGCGCUCCAUUUCAAUGAUGACAUCGUUGUUGGUAGUGAUUCUGGUGGAGGGCUGCAUGCCUGGCGGUCUGAAUUUCCCGAUUGCUGUGGGACUGCCUCUGCGAACAUUACAUUUGCACAAGAUGGUGCUUCAGCCCACGACCAGGCCAUUACAGGCUUGCUUGUGGCAGAAAGGCUUAUCGUCAGCAGCAGUCUUGACGGGAGUGUCUCAUUCUGGAAUAUCGACGAUGCCAAAGGGAGCCGCUUGCAGCCCCGGAGUACCAGCAAAUUUGAGUCGCCCCCUUCGUGUUUGUGUUCAGCCGGUUCAGACGCCGUGUAUGUUGGCUUUCAGGACGGGUCCGUGAAGAAGUUGCAAGGAGACUUGGUAUCCGACGUGUCGCCCUCCUCAGAUGUUGCAGUUACGGCUUUGGCUUUCCAUGAGGCUAGCGGCUCUUUGAUCGCUGGCUUGUGCGAUGGUCAGGUUCUCCUUCUGCAAGAAGAUGGAGAAGCUGCAGUGGCAGAUGCAUUUCAUUCGCAGCCUGUGCAGCUCGCAUCAAGUUGGGAAAGUUGCCAACAUUGGCUGGCCAAGCAAGCAUGCUCAGAAUGUGGCCUUCAGACUGUGGCCUCGCCACACGAUGCAACCUUCAUUGGAUGCCAAGGACACAAUUGCAAUUUCUAUCACAUUCAGAGGAAGCUAUGUUCUUAAGCACUGGUUCAGAUGGUCGCGUUGGUGUGUGGAACUGCGAGGGGGAACCUUUGUGGGGUCUUCGUGGAUUGGCCGCUGGCAGCAUUGCUAUUGCUGCAGACAGCAGCAGACUUUUCUUCAACGGUGUUGUGAUGAACCCCGCCACUCCAGGUAACCUCGUUUUCGUCAACAACUGGAGAGAGAUAAAAGCCCCGUUUGACGAGGCGGCGCCAGCAUGUGAGUGCAUUUUGUGCGUGGAAUUUGCAAAAUAGCGUGAAGGAGCC